UCGUACCCUCUUCCCGAAAAUGAGGCUGGAAACCACCAAGGAAUAACUUGGAUAUCUUCUAACUUAAAGUCAUCCGAUCAACUGUUGAUAUCUAAUGGAUGCAUUAGACACAAUAGUUGGAAGCUUUCAUUAGAUGAAAAACUUCGACGUAGUCGUACCCUCUUCUCGAGAAUGAGGCUGGAAACCACCAAGAAAUAG